UCGCCCUUUGCCCGCAGGCGCCGCGGCAGGCCCGACCUGCGCCCUAGCCAGGCUGCGAGGCGACGCCCCGUCUGAAGUCAGGCCGAGGGCCUCGAGCCUGGGUGGGACACUCGGUUUCCGAAGAUUAUCUUGAAGAAAACGAAUUGGAAGAAAUAUGAAGUUCCUUAUCUUCAUAUUUGUUGUUGGUCAUCUUUUUUCCUUGGGUUCUGGGAAAGCUAUCUAUAAGAAUGGCAUUUCUCAAAGGACUUUUGAAGAAAUAAAAGAAGAAAUAGCCAGCUAUGGAGAUGUUGCUAAAGCCAUCAUCAACCUCGCAGUUUACGGUAAAUCUCAGAACAGAUCCUAUGAGCGAUUGGCACUUCUGGUUGAUACUGUUGGACCCAGACUAAGUGGUUCCAAGAACCUAGAGAAAGCUAUCCAAAUUAUGUAUCAAAAUCUGCAGGAAAAUGGGCUUGAUAAUGUCCACCUGGAACCAGUCAAAAUACCCCACUGGGAAAGGGGAGAAGAAUCCGCUGUGAUGUUGCAGCCAAGGAUUCACAAGAUGGCUAUUUUAGGUCUUGGCAGCAGCAUUGGAACGCCCCCAGAAGGCAUCACAGCAGAAGUUCUGGUGGUGACCUCUUUCAAUGAACUGCAGCAAAGGGCCCCAGAAGCAAAAGGGAAGAUUGUUGUUUAUAACCAGCCUUAUGUCACCUACGCAGAGACAGUGCAAUACCGUGUCCAGGGAGCAGUGGAGGCUGCCAAGGUGGGGGCUUUGGCAACCCUCAUUCGUUCGGUGGCUUCCUUCUCCAUCUACAGUCCUCACACAGGCAUUCAAGAAUACCAAGAUGGUGUGCCCAAGAUCCCAACAGCCUGUAUUACAGUGGAAGAUGCAGAAAUGAUGUCAAGAAUGGCUUCUCAUGGCCUCAAAAUUGUCAUUCAGCUAAAGAUGGGGGCAAAAACUUACCCAGAUGCCGAUUCCUUCAACACUGUAGCAGAGAUCACUGGAAGCAAGUAUCCAGAGCAGGUUGUACUGGUCAGUGGACAUCUGGACAGCUGGGAUGUUGGGCAGGGUGCCCUGGAUGAUGGCGGUGGAGCCUUUAUAUCAUGGGAAGCACUCUCGCUUAUUAAAGAUCUUGGGUUGCGUCCAAAGAGGACUCUGCGCAUGGUUCUUUGGACUGCAGAGGAACAAGGUGGAAUCGGUGCCUACCAGUAUUAUCAGUUACACAAGGUAAACAUUUCCAACUACAGUCUGGUGAUGGAGUCUGACUCAGGAACCUUCUUACCCACGGGACUGCAAUUCACUGGCAGUACAAAGGCCAGGGUCAUCAUGGAGGAGGUCAUGAAACUGCUACAGCCCCUCAAUAUCACUCAGGUCUUUAGUGGUGGAGAGGGGACAGACAUCAAUUUUUGGAUCCAAGCUGGAGUGCCUGGAGCCAGCAUAUGUGAUGACUUAUACAAAUAUUUCUCCUUCCAUCACACCAAUGGAGACACCAUGACUGCCAUGAAUCCAAAGGAGAUGAAUGUUGCCGCCGCGCUUUGGGCUGUUGUCGCUUUUGUGGUGGCAGACAUGGAAGAAAUGCUGCCCAGGGAAGAUGGCGCAUCUGUCCUUCCUAGUCAGAAAGUUUGAGUCUGCAACUUCAGGAAGUCCCUCUUCAUGUAACAACUUAACCUGCUUCAUUUCACAACCCUUUUUCAUGUUAUCAUCUUUCUUGAUAUUUUCCAAAUUGUCUGUUUCUAAAAUAAGGAGUGAUUCCCACUGCCACAUAGAAUAGGCAUACAAUAGGGAUGAAGGUAGGAGUGUUUACUUAUAUCAUCUUUAAAAAAAUACUGUUUUUACUUUGAAAAGAAACAAUGAAUAAAUCUUUGGAAGACUUCUGGUUUU